AUGAGAUAUUAUAUUCAAAGUUUACAUAUACAAAGAGAGGAUAACAAGUUUUUUAAUAUAUUUCUAAAUAUUGAAAUGAAGAUACUACCAAUUUUUGCAAUGAUGGAAUAUGUUGGUAUUGGGUUUAAUGAAAAAGUUAGUGAAAGUGGGAAACAUUUAAUUCAAAGAAAAAUCGAGUAUUUAGAUUACAAGGCCCAUGUAUUGCUACCAGGUAAAACAUUUUCAUUAAGCAGUGGUGACAAUGUUUCAGAAAUAUUAUUUACAGAUUUAAAAAUCCCACCUCCAGAAAUCGCAAAAUCAACCAGUAGGAAAAAUCGAUUAAAAAAACAAUACUAUUUAACAAACUCGGUUGUUUUGGAACAAAUUAAUCACUACCAUCCACUUCCAUCAAUCAUCUCAGAGUACAGAGUGUUGACACAUCAUAUCAGCCAUUAUAUCGAUGUUUUGGGUAAAUAUUUGUUUAGAUCGGAUCACUAUCAAAUGGAUAGAAUUUAUUCGACAAUUCAACAGACUAUUGUACCAACUGGACGUAUUGCAAUGGAAAAUCCAAAUCUUCAAAACAUUUCACAUCCAAUUGACUUUAAGAGAGCUCCAGAAAUAGAUUUCUCUCAAGAAUCAAUCAAAAGUUUCAAUGAAUCAUUAGAUCGGUUUGAAUAUCUCAGCGAUGAACACUAUUUAAGUUUAUUACAAAUGGAUAAAUCUUGCGAUGUUAUUACAGUAUCGAUUAGAAAUGCAUUCAUCCCCGCCAAUGGCUGCAAGCUACUAUCAGUGGAUUAUGGCCAGCUAGAGCUUAGAAUAUUAACCCAUCUUUCUCAAGACCCAAAGCUAAUGGAAAUGUUUAACUGUAACAUCAAUAUUGAUAUUUUCAAAUAUGUAGCACAUCAAGUUGGUAACAUUCCCUACGACAGUGUCACUGAUUCCGAUAGGCAACAGGCCAAGCAUUUAGUGUAUGGAAUUCUUUAUGGUAUGGGUAUAAAGUCAAUUGCCAGUGAAUUACACAUACCAAUAGAGCAAGCAAGAGGCAAAUUGGAAAAUUUCAAGAAAACUUACAAUAAACUAAUUGAAUAUUUAGAAAUGGUUGAAGAAAAUGUAAUUCAAAAUGGAUAUAUUGCAACACUAUUCGGAAGAGUUCGUAAUUUCUCAAAUAUACACUCAUGCAAAAUCGAUAAUAACGAAAUAUCAAAAGUAAAAAGAGCAGCACGUAACUCCAUCCCUCAAGGAACUGCAGCUGAUAUUGCUAAAAUGGCAAUGAUUAAAAUUCAAGAUGAAUUAGAUAAAAAUCAUUUUAAAGCCCAAAUGAUACUCCAAUUACACGACGAAAUUCUUUUUGAAGUACCAGAAAACGAAUUGUACCAAUCCGCCCAAAUCAUCAAAUAUUCAAUGGAAAACGUUGUAAAACUAUCAGUUUCUUUACCAAUAAAAAUGUCAAUCGGUCCAAAUUGGGGUUCCCUAAAACCUUUUGAAGUUUAA